GAUAGUCCCGGCAGAGCUUCAAACUGGGAGGACCGGUGGUUCUGCACCAUCAGCUGGAGUGUACAGUAUGAAUAAUGUAGAUGGAAAUCCUGGAGGAGAUCCAGGCCGGGCUCUGGGGAACAGAAUAACCACCGCUGGACAAAGUGAACCACGCAGGGACAGUGGGGAUAAAAGGCCGAGGGGCGGCUCUAAUGUGACCGACAUGCAGACGGAGAUGCUCGGCGGGCAUAAAGGGAAAAAGCUCGGUAUUGGUGUCGGAGCUGCGGCUGCUGGUAUUGGACCUCCUCCUCCUCCAUCAUCAUCAUCACCACCAUCAUCAUCAUCCCACCACACACCUCCGCCGUUCAGCCAGUUUCUCCAGCAGCAUCACUACCAGCGGCAAAUCCACUACAACAACAUCAUAAACAACAACAACAACAUCCAGAAGGACCAGGGAGAGCCGCGGGGAUUGAGCAGCGGCGAGCGGCAGCACCAUGGAGGAAAAGAAGACGUCCUCCUGGUGGGGAACAGCCGAGCAGAGGAGCGCCAUCACCAACACCAGCUGAAUCAAAGCGAGGGGGAGGAGGAGGAGGAGCGGAUGGAUGCCAGCUUGGGAUCAGCCACCAACAGCACCAACAACAACCCUCCUCCGAGUGGGACCAGCUCCGAGUUUAAUCAUUAUUAUGGGAAUGGAAGAGGAGGGCCUUGCUUUGAUCAACAUGGCGGACAACAAAGCCCAGGGACUGGGGUAACAGCGGCGCACUCGGUACACAACACUAUGGAUCAGGUUCAGAACUCUCACGAAGGCUACAACAACAACAGCCCGUACAACCACUACCCGAACUACCGACCCGGCUACGGGAAUAGUGGAUAUGGAGGCAUGAUGAGUCCCUCACGCCAGGGGAAUAACCUGAUGGGCCCGGGCAGCAGCAGCUCGGCCGCUGCUAACCACAGCAAAGCGGCUAUGGCUGCUACCAGCUCCCCGGCUGGAGGCGGAGGUGGCGGCGGCAACGGAGGAUUUCAGCGGUUCCCCGGACAGGGGCAGCAGCAGCACCCUUCAGGGGCUACACCGACUUUGAACCAGUUAUUGACGUCUCCGAGCCCGAUGAUGCGAGGUUAUGGAAGUGGAUAUCCAGAUUAUAAUAAUCCUUCUGCACAACAACAGCCGAGCAUGGGGCUGGCUAAAGACAUGGGCUCCCAGUACGGCUCGGCUGCUCAUGGCUGGGGAGGACAACAAAGAAAUCACCCGACCAUGAGCCCGGGGAACAACGGGCAGGGCAGCGGCAGGUCCCAGGUGCCGUCCAUGGACCCGAUGGCGAUGAAACGCUCUCAGCUCUACGGAAUGAGCAACAACCCGUACUCUCAGCAGCAGGGGGCGCCGUACCCCGGCCAACCUUACAGCUCCCCCUCGCCACACAGAUACCCGAUGGGGAUGCCCGGCAGAGGGCAGAUGGGGAUGGGAGGGAUGCAGUACCCUCAGCAACAGAUGGGCUCUCAGUACAAUCAGCAGCAACAGCAGCAACAGCAGCAGCAGCAGCAGCAGAACAUUGGCGGCUACUGUCAGCCGGGUCAGCCGCCGUACUUCAGCCCUCCCCAGCAGCAGCCCGCCGCCCCCAGCCAGCCGCCGUACAUGCAGCCCCGCCCACUGCCACAGCAGGAGGUGCCGCAGGAGGCGUAUGGCGGACGGGGCCAGUCUGCUGCUAUGACUCCUGGGAAACCAAACCAUGAAGAGAUGAGUCUGAGCCAACAAGAGAGACCGUCCAGCUUGCCGGAUCUGUCCGGCUCCAUCGAUGACUUGCCCACCGGCACCGAAGCGGCGGUGAGUUCAGGGGCGUCGGGCUCAGGCAGCACUCAGGGCGACCAGGGGACUCCAGCCCGUUCGCCUUUCUCACCCCACGUCUCACCUCGGCUCCUCCCACCAGCUCGCACCGGGCCUUCUCCCUCCCCCUCUCCAUCGCCCGCUGGGUCCAGCAGCCAAUCACGAUCGGGACCAUUGUCCCCCGCCACUAGUGGACCAGGCUCUCAGUUGACCCCUCAGAUGUCUGGUCCUGGAUCAGAUGUUGGUCCUCAUUCCUCCCAGUCUGCCAUGACUCAGGACAGAGGUUUCCCUCCCUCCAUGCAGCGCAGCACCGCGGGGUCCCAGUUUGGCCCCCAGCAGUCUGCACCACCUAUGGCUCCUCACCCAGCACCAGGGGGUCCCAUGCACCACAGCUCCUACCAGCAGGGCAGCCACUCCUUUGGCCAGUAUGGACCCCCAGGUAAUUACCCUCGCCCCCCCCACUAUGGCGGGGCCCCCAGUGCCAAUUACAGUGGACCCGGCCCAGGCUCUGGCCUGGCCAACAGCCUGGGAUUAAACGCCAGCAGCCCCAUGCACGGUCAGGGCCCCUCCACCCCGGCAGGUCGUGGCCCUGGGCCUGGUGCCGGGGGACGGCCUUACCACACUGGAGGGAACACCAUGGCCCCCACCUCCCCCGGCAUGCCGCAGCCUGCCGGACAGGGCAUGGGACCUCCAGGGCCCAACACCAGCUGCAAACCACCUGAGAUUGGCCCCAAUGCUGGACCAAGUGCCAACUCCUCGUCCACGACUGCCACCCAGAGCAGGCAGGGCGGCUACCCGGGCAUGACGCCGAUGAGUGGAAUGGGCCCUGGAGGCCCUGGAGGCCCUGGAGGUCCUGGAGGUCCUGGAGGUCCUUUUAGCCAGCAGCCAGGCAGUAACUCUGGCAGGAUGACGCCACAGGGACCCCCCUACAACGCCCCAUCAUCAGGGCCUAUGAUGAUGUCAGCAGAAGGGAUGGGUCCUCACGGAGAUGUCAAGCAAAGAGUUGAGCUCAGUAAAGAGGGAGUUGGCGCUGCCACCGAACCACCCAAACCCAAGGACAGCUACAGCUCUCAGUGUGUGUCCCAGCCCCCCACCCCCUGCCCUAUGUCCCCCAGCUCAGCUAGUCUGUCCUCCUGUCACGGGGAGGACAGUGAUAGCAUUAGCAGCCCCGCCUGGCUCAGGACUCCGACCAGCCCCAAGCCCAGCGUGGCCACCAUGACCAACGAGAAGAUCACCCGGCUGUAUGAGAUGGGCUCCGAGCCGGAGAGGAGGCUGUGGGUGGACCGCUACCUGUCCUUCAUGGAGGAGAGGGGGACGCCCGUCCCAAACCUGCCUGCGGUCGGAAAGAAGCCGCUGGACCUCUGCAGACUGUACCUGGCUGUUCGAGAGAUCGGAGGACUGGCCAUGGUCAACAAGAAUAAGAAGUGGAGGGAGCUGUCAUCCCUGUUGAACGUGGGGACGUCCAGCAGCUCUGCCAGCUCUCUGAAGAAGCAGUACAUCCAGUACCUGUUUGCCUACGAGUGCAAAGUGGAGCGAGGGGAGGAACCUCCACCUGAAGCCAUGGGGCCUGCCGGAGAAAGCAAGAAACCUCCGUCCCUCCAGGCCAAGAUUCAGCCACCCUCCCCAGCAAACUCAGGCUCCUUACAAGGCCCCAACACCCCUCAGUCCAGCAGCAGCUCCCUGACCGAGGCCCCCGGAGACCUGAAGCCCCCAACCCCUGCCUCCACCCCGCACAGCCAGAUGGGCCCCCAGCCUGGAAACAGGAAUAUGGGAGGAGUAAGUGUCCAGGAUCCCUUUUCUGAAGGCAGCGAUCCAGCCUUCCACCCCAAACGAGGCCCGGGACCCGGCGGCACCCCUGCCAUGAGAAUGCAGUAUGAUGCCAACAAAGAUCCGUUCGGAGGACCGAGGAAGGGUGAGGAGUCCUGGGCCGGUGAAGCCUUCGGUCCUGGUCAGAUGCCCAGUGGUGCCAUGCAGGACAUGUACCCCCGUGGGCCACCAUCCGGGCCCCUGACAGGGAUGGGCCCCAGACCACAGUAUCCCUACGGCCCUGGCUACGAGCGGAGGCCAGACCAUGUGAUUGGUCCAGACGGAGGCAGCGCCCCUGGGGGCCAGAACAGCAUGGGUCCAUCUGGAAAUGAGGCUGGCAUGUAUCCUGCCAACAGAUACCCCCACCAGAGGCAUGGACAUGAUGGUUAUGGGCAGCAGUAUCCUCACAGCAUGGCCUACGGUUCCCAUCAGCCCCUGUAUCCUCAGCAGCAGGGCUACAAGCGUCCCAUGGAGGGGAUGUAUCCAGCUGCCAAGCGUCAUGAGGGGGAGGCCUUCAGUGUGCAGCAGUACAGCUCACAGCAGCCCGACAUGUUUGGCCCCUUUGGAGGAGGAGGUGGGGGCUACAUGGGCCCUGAGCGCCGGCCUGUCCAGGGACAGUAUCCAUAUCCGUAUAGCCGAGACCGACAAGGGCCCCCACAGCACGGUAUGAUGGGCUCUGGACCGCCAGCAGUCUCUGGGGGUCCCAGUGAAGGUCCACAGGCCAACAUGUGGCACCCCAGGACAGAUAUGGGUUACUCAUACAGUCGGCAGGGUCAGGCCCCCUACCCUGGCAUGAACCGAGGGGACGACCAGGAGGGCAGGGCCCCUCAGGACAACCAGUGGCCCCCCAGUCACCUAAGCCAGCGCCAGCCUCCUUUCCCCCACUCUUCCUCAUCCUCAUCCUCCAUGCCCCCCCUGCCCUCCAGACAGCCCCCCUCCUUUCAGGCCACACCCACCGUCCCUAACCACGUGAGCCGCUCCCACAGCCCCUCCUCCUUUCCCCGACCACUGGGAGGCUCUCUGUCCCCCAACAGCACCCCAUACCUGCCCUCCAUCAAGAAGCCGGGGCUGCCAGGUGCCCCGCCAGGACCCCCACCCACUCAGGGCCUCCCCCUCGUCCACAGAGAAAUCAGCUUUCCCCCAGCCUCUGUGGAGGCCACGCCCCCCAAACUGAAACCACGGCGACGGCUGACCGCCAAGGACACAGGAACCCCGGAGGCGUGGCGGGUGAUGAUGUCACUAAAAUCUGGCCUAUUAGCAGAGAGCACCUGGGCGUUGGACACCAUCAACAUCCUGCUGUAUGACGACAGCACUGUGGGCUCCUUCAGCCUCACACAGCUGCCUGGUUUCCUGGAGCUCAUCGUGGAGUUUUAUCGCCGCUGCCUCAUCCAGAUCUUCGGCAUCCUGGAGGAGUAUGAAGUGGGAUUUGAGGGCAAGAAGACCCUGCUGGGACCCCAGCCUGAGAAGCAGGAGGUGCUGAAGGAGCCGCCAGCUGCGACCCCUGAACCUGACGGCUGGUCAGCAGAGGAACAGAGGAUCCAGAGGAGGCCUGCGAUGGAGGAGGAGGAGACGGCGCCGCAACUCACGACUUCUCAAGAGGAGACGGCAGACGGCAAACCUGUUGUCAAGGAGGAGGCGGAGGUGAAAGAGGAGCACCAGGAGCAGUCAGAGCCCCGCCCCCAGCAGGCCAGCAAGUACGACAAGCUGCCAAUCAAGGUGGAGGAGACUGGGGAGGAGUGGGAGGAGGUGGAGCAGCGCUGGGCCAGACUCAGCCGACCCAACGGCUUCAUCAGUGGCCUCCUGCACUGGAAAGCCGGAGGAGGAGACUCCACCACUCACAUCCAGACACAUUUUGAGUCCCGCAUGGGGGAGUCCACUCUGCCCGAGCUGCUGGAGAGGGAGGGGAGGGAGGGAGGAGAUGACGGGGGGAGUCCAGAAAAUGAGAGACGUGAGCAGGGUAAGGACGAGGCAGACGGAGGCGUGAAUAAAAGCCUGGUAGAUGGAGGUGAAACGCAAGACAACAAACAAGACUGUCUGUCAGAGGUUAGAGGUCAGAGGUCACCGACUCCUGGCGAGGCUCGGAGUCCCAUCAGCCAUCAGGAGGACGAGCCUCGCUGCUGGGAUGAGGCUCCUCUGUCCACAGCCGAGUCCUGGCAGGACUCUCUGGCCAAACGCUGCGUCUGCAUCUCCAACAUCGUGCGCGGGCUCUCUUUCAUCCCCGGCAACGACGCCGUCCUGUCGCGGCACCCCGGUCUGGUGCUGAUCCUGGGUCGCCUGGUGCUGCUGCAUCACCACCACCCCCGCAGGAAACGGACGCCUCCCACCUACCAGCGGGAGGAGGAGCAGGGUCUGGCCUGCAGCCGGGACGAGUGGUGGUGGGACUGCCUGGCGGCGCUCAGGGAGAACACGCUGGUGACGCUGGCCAACAUCUCGGGCCAGCUGGACCUGUCGCUGUACCCCGAGAGCAUCUGCCUGCCCAUCCUGGACGGGCUGCUGCACUGGAUGGUGUGUCCGUCCGCUGAGGCCCAAGACCCCUUCUCCUCGGCGGGCGGCUUCUCAUCCCUCACUCCUCAGAGACUGGUGCUGGAGUGUCUUUGCAAGCUGAGCAUCCAGGACUGCAACGUGGACCUGCUGCUCGCCACGCCGCCUUUCAGCCGCCAGCAGAAGCUCUUCUCCACGCUGGUGCGCCUGGUGGGUGAGAGGAAGAGCCAGGUGUGCCGGGAGAUGGCAGUGGCCGUCCUGUCCAACCUGGCUCAGGGCGACUCCACGGCGGCAAGGGCUGUGGCCCUGCAGAAGGGCAGUGUAGGGACUCUGAUUGGUUUCCUUGAGGACAGCGUGGCCGUGGCUCAGUACCAGCAGAAUCCACACAGCCUGCUGCACGCCACGGCCCCGACGGAGCCGCCCAGCAUCAACAUGAUGUGCCGUGCUGCCAAGGCGCUGCUGGCCAUGGCGAAGGUGGAGGAGAACCGGACGGAGUUUGUUCUGUAUGAGAGCCGGCUGCUGGACAUUUCGCUUUCGUCCGCCCUCAACUCCUCUGUGGCGGCCAUCAUGUGUGAAGUACUGUUUAAAAUCGGACGCUCGUGACACAAACACCGCCAUGGGGCAUGCUCAGUGGCGCUGGAAGCAGCUCCGCUCAUGUGACGAACCGGCUCCUAUUAUAUUUUUAUUUAAAGAACAGAAAACAAAUGUUUUUACAUACAAAUGAAUAUAUAUAGAAUAUAUAUAGCUCCUCGGCUCCAUCCGCAAAUUUUUAUUUGGGAUUUUAAAGUAAUUUUAAUACAAAAAUAUUUAAUACUUGUAUUUUUAAUUUUUUUAUUCUUUUGGCAGUUUUUUGUUCUGUUUUUUGUUUUAACCAAAGUGUGACGGUGGAGAACGCUUGGUUUCUGGCUCUCUUCGAUGUUUUUAAACAGACAUGGUCGUUUCUUUCUGUUCGGGGGGUGGGGUUAGUUAGAUUUGGGGCGGGGUCAGCGUUAUUUAAAUAGUGACACAUGUUGUAGAUAGGCCUUUCUUUUCUCAUGUGGUUUGACAGAGACACUGAUGUUCAGUCAUGUACUUUGUUCUGGUGCAAUAAGUUUGUUUUGGGCGUUUUUAAAUGUGAAUUAUUUGACCAUCUGCCGUUUGACCAUCAGUAUUUUGCCGAACCACAGCAGUAUCAAACGAACAGGGGACUGUGUCACUUUCUGUUUUUUAAGAACUUUUUAUGUCUCCUCCACCAAUCAAAUCCAAAUUUUCCUCCACCGUCAUCAUCCUCCUGUAAAUAGACGAUGUAUAUUUGAGCUGCAAUACAUGGUGUCAUGACUCGGUGACGGUAGCUGGUAAUGAAUUAACGGUCAUCAUUUAUAAUCACAUUUCUGCUCACCUGAACGUUCAGUUUUGCUCUUCGCAGCAGGUGAAGAGUAUUUUUUUUCUGUAUUUAAAGAAAAGCCUCAGUUUCAGGAUGUUUUAUGGGGUCUCCUCUGGGGAGGGUGUGUUUGAUCUGAGAGACUGUAUGUACAGGAGGUCGGGGGGCGGGACUGUACUCAUGUUGUUAACUGACACGACUUCAGAAACAGUUAUAACAAAUGUAAAGAGAGAAAAAAGAAAAUCUCUACAUUCAGAACGUCUCCCGUUUGAUUUGACAGACGUUGUUUCUUCAGUAUGAGAUCUUUAUAUGUUCCACAACAUGUUAAAGAAUAAACGUACAUGAACUCUGGUUGAGCACUGUGAA